AUGAGUCUGUCUGAGCAACGUCAAGGGUUAAGCUCCGUAAAAGAGAAAGCAGGUGUGGCAUUACGAAUCCGUCAGAGCUCAUCAUGUGAGGAGGCAGAAGAGGCUCAUGAGCAUUCUGGGGCAGAGACGGCAGAACAUGUUCAUUCAGAGGAGGUGCACAGAGGAGUCCUGUCAACCAUCAGCAGCGCGGUUCAAAACACUGGAAAGUCAGUAAUAACAGGAGGCCUUGAUGCUUUGGAGUUCAUUGGAAAGAAGACCAUGAAUGUCUUGGCAGAGAGUGACCCAGGUUUUAAAAAGACCAAAAUACUGAUGCAGAGAACUGUCUCUCUGUCUCAGAUGUUAAAAGAAGCGAAGGAAAAGGAGAGAGAGAGACUGAGCAGUCAAAUGGUCACAGACCCAACCGCCCACUAUGGGAUCUUGUUUGAUGAUUACCAAGGCUUGUCUCAUCUUGAGGCACUGGAGAUACUUUCCAAUGAGAGUGAAGGGAGGGUGCAGGAAUUCUUGUCCACUUUGGAGGAGGAAGAUUUGGAAGUUAUGAAGGAGGAGCUGAUUGCAAUUAAAGAGAUCUUCAUCACUCAUGACGAGGAGGAACCUGAUGCUGCCGCAGGGGAAAACGCUGCUGAUGGAGAGGAGUUUGUCAGUGUUCUUACUGAGCUGCUCUUUGAGCUCCAUGUUGCUGCAACUCCAGACAAACUGAACAAAGCCCGUAUAAAAGCUCAUGAUUGGGUGCGAGAAGUGGAGCAAUCCUGGGAAGAUGUCAAGAAUGUAACCGAGGAAUUAAAGGAAGAGAGCUCCACCACUUGCCCUGCUCCAGAAAAGGAGGAAAAGAAAGAAGUAGAAGAAAAGAAAGAGAAGGGAGAAGAGGGAGAGAAUAAGGAAAAUAGUGCAAAGGACGGAAACUCGGAUGCUGUUAAGAAAGUAUAUGUGUCAUCAGUGGGCAGUCUUGCUGAGGUGACCGCUCGUAGUAUAGAACAGCUACACAAAGUGGCUGAGUUGAUUUUACACGGACAAGAGCUGGAGAAGCCAGCCAGCCAACAGGCCAGUAUACUGGUCAGGUUAACCAGUGCCAUGUGUAAGGAGGUCAGAUGCCUGGCCCGAAAGUUCUCGGACACAUUACUGGCUGCAGGGAGUCAGAGAAAAGCAGAAGUAGUAAAUCCUCUAGUGGACAGUGUGAUGCUGGAGGGGUGUAAUAGCACUACCUACAUUCACAAUGCAUUCCAGCUGCUGUUGCCUGUUCUUCAGGUCUCACACAUCCAGACCAGCAGAACUGCGGCCAAGCCAGCCCCAGAAGCAGCAUCCACAGAGUAGUGCCUGUAUUCUGUUUGUGUGUGUUUCUGUCUGUAUCUGUGUUUUGUGUUUAGGUAUGUUGCUUCAAUAUGAGAGCUUACACCAAAAAGUGCAAUUCUAGUCUAUAUAUAGACUCUUACAAUGAGAUAAUUAGGAAAAUAAGAUUGAAACUCCUAACUUAUUUAGGAAGCUGCUUAUGUAUAAUUUUUUUUAAGUUACUUUACAAAAAAUUAAGAUUAUUAAUCAUGUGUUGUAUUGUUUGAGCAAAUUUGGAGGUCUGCCACUACCAUUCACUUUAAUUAAUCAAUCACUCAUACACCAUUACCAGUUUUUGUUUUGAAUAAAAUGAACCAAGAUCUAUGGUAAUAGUAUAAUCUGUAAUAUAAAUAAUAGGAAACUAAAAACUGAAA